ACUACUUCCACAGCUGUCUCAGCAGCUCACAUCCACAGUCCACACAAAACACAAUGGCCAACAGCAAGCUCCUCAAGACUUUGUACCAGCUCGUCGUCAACAACUUCCUCGCCAUCGUCGCGGUGGCGUUCGCCACCGCCGUGCUCCGGAGAGGAUGGCCAUUCAGCGUCGACGGUCUCGCCGGGUGGCUACACGCGCAGCGGCCUGUACACCUCGUCACGGCGGCGAUCCUGACGGCUGCCGUGGCGAAGCUCUGGCGCGCCCGGCGGCCGCGGGACGUGUACCUCGUGGAGUACGGGUGCUUCCGUCCCAGGCCGUGCUUCAGGACCCCGUUCGCGACGUGCCGGGAGCACGUGCACCUCCUGCCUUACCUGCUGGCCGACAAGGAGAGCCUGGGCUUCGCGAUCCGGCUGCUGGAACGCUCGGGGCUCGGCGAGGAGACGUGCGUGCCCUACUCGUACCACUACUUGCCCCCGGACAGCAGCCUCGACGCCGCCCGGGAGGAGACGGAGCUGGUCAUCUUCUCGGCCAUCGACGACGUGUUCGCCAGGAGCGCCGUCACGCCCGCGGAGAUCGACGUGAUCAUCGUCAACUGCAGCAUCUUCACGCCGAUGCCCGUGUUCGUGGACAUGGUGGUGAACAGGUACAAGCUCCGCGCCGGCGUGCAGUGCCUGAACCUGUCCGGGAUGGGCUGCGGCGCGGGGCUCGUGGCCAUCGGCCUCGCCAGGAAUCUCCUGCAGGUGGCGCCGCGGGGCACGCACGUCCUGACCGUGUCCACGGAGAUCCUCUCGGCGCAGUACUACGUCGGCAGCGAGCGCGCCAUGCUGCUGCCCAACUGCCUCUUCCGCAUGGGCGCCGCCGCCACGAUCCUGACCAACUCCCCCGAGCGCGCGCGGUUCAAGCUCGGGCGCAUCGUCCGCACCAUGACCGCGGCGCGGGACGCCGACUACCGCUGCAUCUUCCAGGAGGAGGACGAGAGCGGCCUCCGGGGCGUGCGCCUCUCCAAGGACCUCACCGUCACCGCCGGCAACGCGCUCAGGAGGAACAUCGUGGCCUUCGGCCCGCUCGUCUUGCCGGCCUCGGAGCAGCUCCUCGUCGCACUCUCGCUCCUCAAGCGGAAGCUCCUCAAGCGCAGCGGCCGCAAGGUGAGGCUGUACCGCCCGGACUUCCGCACGGCGUUCGAGCACUUCUGCAUCCACGCCGGCGGGCGCGCGGUGAUCGACGAGGUGCAGCGCGGCCUCGGCCUCUCCGACGAGGACGUGGAGGCGUCGCGGAUGACGCUGCACCGGUUCGGGAACACGUCGAGCAGCCUGGUGAUGUACGAGCUGGCGUACGCCGAGGCCAAGGGCCGGAUGAGGAAGGGCGACCGGGUGUGGAUGAUCUCCUUCGGCGCGGGGUUCGACUGCACCUGCAUGGCCUUGGAGUGCGUCAAGCCGGCGGCCGACGCGGACGGGCCGUGGGCCGACUGCAUCCACCGCUACCCGGUGCAGCUCCCAGACGUCGCCAUCUGAUGAUCAGAGAGCUGUACUGGAGCUUGAUGUGCCGGACGACGCGUGUGCACGUGCACGGUGCACAGCAACUGCGAAGAGAGGUAGACAUGCACGUACGGCACAUUUCUUAAGCUCACUCGAUCUCCGCAGCUAGUAACCUAAUCAAUAAAUUAAAGCUGGCUAAAAUGUAAGCACCAGUGUCAAGUUGAUGUAAUGCACAUCGAUCCUAUGUAAAACCGUGGAAGUGUCGUAGUUGUAGCUGCUGGUCGUUGUGGCAACCGGGGGUUUGUGGUUGGCGGCUGCAGCCCCUGUCCACGAAGUGAACGCGUGCAAAGCGACACAUCGAUCACACCGUACAUAGAGUUUCCUCCCAGCCGAUUA